UGUAGCAGCGAUAACUGGAAAUAACCUCGUAUGCGAAGUGCGAGUCAACGCAUCCGUUCGGUAUUAUGCGGUCGCCGGGUUAUAACUAUUUAUAAAACCAGCUCCGACGAUGUAUGCCCUUUGAAAUGGUAGAGCAAACAUUACUAACGACUAAUCGGACAUGUUUCACCAUCGUGUUUUCCGGAACUGAUCGAGAUCUUAGUAACGUCUUCUCUGCAAUGGAACUGUUUCUUUCUUCGUGAGGAUUCAAACCGCCAAAACACAUCGUAAAUUAUGGCUCUACUUGGAGCACAAUUGGUAAUUACCCUUAUAAUGGUCAGUACCAUUCAGAAGUUAAGUCCACAUUUUUCCUUCGCAAGAUGGAUCUUGUGUUCCACUGGAUUGACACGAUAUCUGUAUCCGACAGAUCAGCAUCUUAGGGCUUUAGCUGGUGUACCAAAAGAGAAACCAAAGAAAGGGAAGCAUAGUGAGAAUGGCAAAGUGGGAGAUGUAUUUCACGUCCCUAGAAAUCUAGAUAUUAAGCUCGAAAGUGCAAAAGUAACCAAGUACGAUAUAGUACACUUGAAAUAUUACACAGAAUAUCAAUGGCUACUGGAUUUUUCUAUAUACGCUACUAUUGUUUACGUACUAACUGAGGUGUACAACUAUUUUUAUCCAAUCAAAGAUGAGAUUAAUCUCAGCGUACUAUGGUGUUCAUUGGUUCUGGGCUUCGCAUUUAAAGUACUGCUUUCUCUUUGGGUACAAUAUUUCAAGGGUGAAGAAAGUGUAGGUGAAAGAUCUACAUGUAUUGUCACUGGAUUUGCGUAUCUUCUCAUUGCUAUGAUGGUUCUCAUAGUCGAUGAAGAUAAAUUAGAAAUUGGGUUGGAAAAGGCAUAUACAAGUUUCAAUCAUAGCGCUUCUUUGUUUUUAGAUAAUCAAGGACUUUCAUCAACGGGGCCAGCUUCCAAAAUUGUUGUAAAAUUCUUCCUUGCUAUAUGGUGUGGCCUAUUAGGAUCUUUAUUUACUUUCCCAGGAUUGAGAGUAUCUAAAAUGCAUUGGGAUACGCUGAAGUAUCAUAAAGAUAGCAAGUUGUUGUUGCUGGUAGCAAAUAUCAGUUAUGCUUCACCUUUUCUGCUAGUGAGUCUGUGGAUUACACCAAUAAGUAGGGAUUACUUAACUGUUCGAAUAUUUAGCGGCAUGACUGCCCCAUUAAUGACAGCUGCAACGUUUGAGAGCAUGAGAUUAGUUGCUGUUGUCGUCACUGUUUUAUUAAAGAUUGUACUCAUGCCAAUAUAUCUGCAAUCCCACUUAAAUCUGGCCAUCCAAAGAUUAGAAAUUCAGAAAAAGGAGGCUGGUAGAAUAACUAAUGUCGAUCUGCAGAAAAAGAUUGCGGCUGUAUAUUACUAUCUCUGCGUAGUAGCGCUACAAUUUGUUGUUCCAAUAAUUAUAUGUUUAUUUUUCACAUUUUUGUAUAAAACGCUUGGUGGAUUUACCUGGGAAGGCAUUUUGAAAGGAACGCUGGAGGAGGAAUGUCCGGCGGACGAAUUGCCGAAGUCUGUAUCGUCUAUAAUUAACAAUGAUAAUACUGAUAAGACUGUCGUACAAACUGCUGAAGAACUUCAACUGGCAUUAAGUUCAUUAAAGCAGAUAUUUACCACAGACGUUUACAGAGGCGUUCUAGGAUUAGCAACAUGGUGGAGUUGCUUUGCGCUGUUUGCCACUACCGCGAUGGGCAUGUUUUACCAGUCGUAUUUUUCAAACGUAUGAAAGGGUCCGGGGACUGGAGGGACAUUCAGACGCACAAACCUUCAUUAAAUCAUCACGUCGCACAAAUCUUCAUUAAAUCAUCAGCCAUUCGUUAUUAAAGACAUAGCAUUGUCCAUCCGAAAUAUGUAUUUUCAGAUUACCCAUUUUAACGUAUGCCUAUCGCCAAACGACUAAAACUAUCAUCGAUAAUAUGAAAUUUUGUAAUGCAUAUGGCAAUACGAAGAAUGAUACCGCAGUUGUAUUAUAAAUAAAAACAUCCUGGAAAGCUUUUAAAUCAGAAUGUCACUCAUGUCGAUAGACGUGUGAUUAAUACAGCAUUUUAAUGCAUUCUUUGUACAAUAUAUGUGAGUGAAGGAGAAUUAAGUUAUUUAUAUUUACAAUCUUUCGCUAUUUCAUAUUUCUCUCUAAUAUACGGAUUUCCAAUACUUGAGAGGUGUAUCGACGUGUGUGUUGUGCAUGAUAUUACAGUGCCGUACAUUCAUUACACAUGUAUUCUUAUGUAAUUACGUAGAGAUUAGAGAACAAGUCUUGAUAAUAAUAUUUUACAUAUACGACGCAUUCGCGUGCCGAAGGCGCGAGGCGAACGUACGCGCACAAAAAGGAUCGAUUGCGCUCGUAAUACGAACUAUCUCUGUACGAUGCUAGUUGGCGAGCUGCGUGUGGCAGAAAUAAAGCUUGACAUCAUUAUUGCUGA